GUCACAGUGAUCAAUAUCUCUUAUAAAUUAUCUUAAAUGUGUACGUCAGACGGAAUUAUGUGUGGCUUUGUUUAAUUUUGAACGGACGCAAUGGUUUAUCAAUUACAAUUGUUCUACUUAUGUGCACCGUCAAUCAGAUGGAUAGCAUUUAUGCUGAACAGUUUUCUUCUUGUGGAAAGCUGUACUCCGGGCCACUACAGUAUUUGUCCUGAUUGGGGCGGCUGUUCGGAAGACUGUGGUGGGGGGUCUAGAUCACGGGUUUGUAGAUCGUGUGUCUGGAAAAUAAAUAGGCGUUUCCAUGAAAAUUGCAAUGAGUUCUGUCGAAAUGGGUACGAUUAUUAUGACGGGCGAUGUCAUUGUUCUAGCUGGAGAAGUGGGAGGUGUUGUGAAGAUUGCAGUAGAAAUUACAUCGCCCAUUGUCCCAGUUACGAACACCACUGUGGAGGAUCCCCGGAUGGUAUCCGUUGUGACAAAUGUAGCGACCCGUAUUAUAGUUUGGGUUAUAAUAGAGGUUGCACGUUAUGUCCAUCAAUCGACGAGUGUGAACGCAGAAGUUGCACAACCUACAAUAACGUCAAAUGCGAGUCGUGUAACAACAACAAUGUCUUCUUCAAGCGGUACAACGGCGGCAAAGAAUGCCAGCGGAUGUGUUCCUGGAACAAUCACUACUGUUGGCCAGGGAGCUGCACAGAUGGUCUUACCAAGUAUUGCUCGUGCGCAGCGGGGUUUAACAGAGUUUCAUAUUCUUGGGAAACAUCAUGUCAACCAACUAAGAAACCAUCAAUCUUAACAUGUGACACUGUGGUCAUUGGACCAAACGGUGAAAAGAAGAGAACAACAUCAUCGAGUAGUUCAACCGCGUGUCAGUAUUUACAAGAUAUGUAUGGAAACUAUCAGCCGACGAUGGUGAAGUUUGAUUUAAGCUCUGAAUACACAAUUUACAUUCCCAGCUAUUUGAAAAGCCCAUAUAUUGCUGAACACAACUUCGGAAUAACGGACGCAACAGUAUAUAUACAACGCCAAUCCGUAUCAGAUUCGAUCACCACUUUAUCAACAAACAGACGACUUACCUACUCGAGUCGGUCUGUUAAGAGCGUGCAUCACGAUAAAGAUACUCUAACGACUUCACACACAUUCGAAAAUGGCCAGGCGUUGUGUUUGAAAUACGAGGUAAAAGGUGGUGGUUACUUGAAAGGCAGAGAUACAAGAACCCACACUGUUCAGAGCGCUAAACCUUACCGACAAAAUGUAGAACAACGAACAGUGUGCUAUCGCUAUGACAGCCAGCCACCUGAACACUGUUCAAAACUAUCGACAUGUGACUCUGAUGAUCCUCUCCAGUUCGACAAACGUAUAACGCAGGCAUAUUUCCACAAGGUCGAGUUUGACGGUUGGGUGGAUCCCGUUCCUCAAGGAGGAGUUUCGCGCACCGCUUCAUCCAUUGAGAGCUACGAAAUUCGGGUAAAUGAGGUUUUGCCAUCGAAGGGGACACUUAAGGUAGAUUACACAACCAACGUUUUAAGCACAAAGGUAAACCACACAGUCACAAACAUGUAUCUUAAUCUUACUUCAGACGCACCAAGGCUCUAUUGUUUAACACUUGAGGUGAAGGAUGUUGCAGACAAUGUUCGACAGUGUCGCCGUUUUAUUCUCUAUGAUAACACUUCGUCUAUUCAAAUCUGGAAUGAAAAGCCUUUCAGAUUUACAUCAUCGUCCCCUGAUACAGAUUACACCUGGCAAACCCAUCACAACGAUGUCUGCAUAAGCUGGAAAGAUUACUUUUACAACGAUUUCUACAUACACAAUGAACUACUGAAUCCAAUUGAACCCGACCCGCACGGUCUCAUUACAGGCUUAUACGAGCAAACAACGGGAGAAAUACCUGUAUCUGGAACAACAAAUGUAUACGGUAUUAUAGCAUACGUUGUUUCUUGGAGCAAGAAUCAUGGCUCAUUCUCUGUAGAAAAACAUGUCCCUUCAUUCACGAAUCAAUCAUUUUGCAUUGAUUUGAAUGUUAAAGACGGACAAACAUACACACUGAAAGUAAAGGCUAUUGAUAUAGUUGGAAAUAGCCUUAACGAUAACCGAACUGUAUUUAUUGAUCGCUCAGCGCCACACCUCAACAACAUUUGGCUUGAGAGAGAUGGAUACAAAAUGCUGUAUGUCCAUAAUAGCACGGACCUUUCCAAAAUGAAGAUGACGUUUGAUGCACUUGAUCCACAUAGUGGCUUAUCUAAAAUACAUUGGACAUUUGGAAUAGCGGACACAAUGACCGAGCUACUCAGUGAGCACCUUGCUGUUUUUUCUAUUAAUGAUUCAUGCUCAUCCGCACAGUGCUACUGUCCGGAUAUAGGUGAAUGUGCAUUUUUUAACUACACAAUACCACUCAACCGUCUAAAUGCAAAGGACAUGCACAUUGGCAAUCACAACAGGAACUAUUAUUUUACCUUAAAAGUCACAAACAAGGCUGGACUUUCCACAACGGAACACAUUGACGUGCUUGUUGAUGAUUCGCCUCCUUCAGUAGGUGUUGUUUACGAAGGUCCAGAAGAUUCCCCUGAUAUUGACUAUACAAGUGACGAUUUCAUUCUCGUGCACUGGCAUGGUUUUAUAGACCACGAAAGCGCCAUCAAGCUGUACAGGGUUGGGUUGUCCAACAAAUGUCUAAGUACACAAGAUCUUUUCAAUUUAACAGAAGUACGAAGUAUAUCAAUUUUUAGGGAGCUUCCUUUCUACGAAGAAUCGGUCCGAAUCCCUACAACUUUUACCGGGAAGCAAUUUGUGACUGUUAUUGCACUAAAUAAUGCCAUGGAACCUUCGAAGCCUGUGUGUUCAGAUGGCGUUACCCGUGAUCUUUCACCACCGGAAUUUAGAAAUAUGACUUUACAGCACGGACAAUCAUCAGAAAGCCUACUAUGUUUGCAUGGCGAAGUAUAUUUAAUGCAGACAAACAUGCAAAGAGCAAAGCUUCAUAAUACGUCCGUUUGCCGAAGUAUUUGUGGUGCUGAUGUUGAGUCGCACAAGGUUACCGAAAUGUAUCAGAUACAUGAAAUAAAAGAGAAGGAUCAAGAUAUUUCUUCGUUUCUUUGCGAGCACUUACCCUUGUAUACAAACGAUAUACUUAUCUAUCUUCCGAAUGAUAAAAUAUUUAUCACUUGGGAUAUUGAGGAAGUCGGAAGUCAAAUUGAUGAUUUCUUCGUUGGAUUAGGUGUAGGUCCUACCGAAAAAACGAGUCCGUCCAUUGUAGCGUAUCAGUCUACGCAAAAGAAAACCUACUUCAAACGAAAACAUGAAGGCCUAGGUUCUGACGAAUUAUUCUACAUUUUCGUUAAAGUGAUCAAUAAAGCUGGUUUGGAGAGAAUCGCAACAAUAGGCCCUGUACUCAUUGAUCAAACUCCGCCUCUGAAUAGAACCCUUCCUCAAGUUAUUGUUGAAUCUGAGCACAUUGUAUUUGGAUGGGAUAGCAACACAUUCUAUGACGAAGAGCAGAAUGCACAAAUCGAUCAAAUAUAUUUCCAGAUUGCAUAUAACGGUAUUGCUACAACACCGUUUCUUGAAUGGCGUCUGGAUACAUCUUCCCCGUGCCCUUCGUACUCUGGUGGAUGCUUUCGAUACCCCCUACGCAGUUUACAGUUACAAGAUACGGACAAUAACCUCGAGUUUUACAUUAACAUGCAUGUGUAUAACAAUGCCGGUCAUUAUCUAUCAGUAACGAGUCAACCCUUUCAGCUCUCAUCAAGAUAUCCUCCCGGACAAACUGUUAUAUUUGAUAUAGAUCCAUCAGUGAAAAACAGUAAUAUGGACGUUGACGCUCAUUUUACGAAGGAAGUGCUUUGUGCAAGUUGGCAAGGUUUCUUACACCAGGAUAAAUUAGCUUUGGAAGUAGGAGUAGGACUCUCAAAUGCUACUGAUGACGUAUUGAAUUUCCAACUCAUAAGCAACAGCAACUCGUAUUGCAUACACUCAAUUGAUAUUCGACCACAUAUCAAAUAUGUUUUCUUGUUAAGGUCAUACGGUACCGGAGGAGUUUCAGUUUCUUUUUCUGAUGGUAUAAUGGUUUUAGACAAAGACGAAAUAACGCAUUCACUGUCCGUCAGUAUUGGAUAUGACUGCACCAGUCAAAUUGCAAAUACAUACCAUUUUACCUUAGCAAACAACUCAGCGCGUGUGACCAUUAAUAAACCGCUGCUUGUUGGCCAACGUUAUAUAAUCAACACUCCAUACACAGCUGUUGUAACUUCAGACGAUGGAAUUGUCUCAGCAGAUGGCAAUGGAAUAUUCAUUAGACCAUUUGUGAACAGACCGGCAUUGGUCAUAGAAGUUGAAAACCAAACCAUUGUGCGUGACGUUUUGGUUUUUUAUCUCGCUUUAUGCCCAGUUCAGAACGUUCUUCCUCAGGCUAAACAAUUAGUUGUCAGCUGGAAGUUUCUUCCUGAGCAUCUGGCAUCUCUUUAUAAAAACGUUGAGCUAGCAUACAGCGUUGGCGUCAGCGAAAGGGAUUCAAUCCUAGGAGAGCAAAAGACGUUUGUUGUACCUUUCCAACCGCAAAUCGAUAGCAGUUAUGCAAUUCUAAAAGAGCUUAACUUGAUAAGCAGCCAGAAGUAUAUUGCUGAAGUACAGGUCUGUUUAAAACUGGAAUGUGUGAAACCGGUACAAUCAAAUGAGUUUUCUUUUGAACGGCUUUUGAACCCCGUUUUGCGAAUAAACGAAGCAUCUCUAUUGCUUGGAGGCACGUGCGUUCAGGUCAAGUUACAUUGGUCAAUUGAGGAUAAUGAUAUUGUUACGGCAUUCUAUCAAUGGACGUUAGCUCAUGACGCAGAGGGUCGAAGAACUCUUUUCACAUGGAAAUCUAUUACCAAUGACUCUAUCGAUAUAACGGUUGAAGACUGUGUUGUACUGCCCGUCCAUGGACAUAUUUCAUCGUAUGCUUGUAUUAAAGCAUACUCCAUCAGCGGACAACUAAUGAGUAGCUGCAAAAAGCUAACAAAGUUAGAUUUUGGUACUUACGACGCAAAUGUUGUUUACGACUUUGAUACAAGAUCGGAAUCUUGGACGCAAAUCCAAUCGAUCAUUCACAGUUCGGAUGUUGGCGACAUGUAUACUAUCCUACAUGACAAUGAACUUGACUUUGGAACGAGUAAAUUAAGGCCAGCCGCAGCAGUUAUGCAUGCGAAUGAACGUAACGUUACUUGGUAUUUGAUGACAUCACGCCAUGUACCCGAUGAAUGCGACACAGAUGUAGAUUGUUUAACGAAAAAGGUCACAACGGAUGGUUUUGCUAUUUUCAAUGAAACCGAUGUGUUCCUUGAUACACCAUUCUACUUGUGUGUUUCGUCGAACACCACAGUUGUUGAAAGGGAAUGGUUUUCUGAAACAUUGGGCGAAAUUCGGUCUUGCAGUGACGGAUUUAUUUUAGGUAACACGGCUCCAAUCCCUGGAAAAAUAAAUGUUCAAAACGUCAAUGGGUAUAUACCUGACAUCGAUCAUGUUGUUAUAACAUGGGAACCUUUUAAUAAAGAAACAGCCGCUACUCUACUAGGAUAUACAGAUAACAUACAACGUUACUCAAUCGGCGUUGGCAACAGUCCUAACAGAGACGAUAUUAUGUCUUUCCGUAACACAGGGGGAGAAACUGCUGCCAUGUUAUCUCUACCUGGCAUCGCUGAUGGCACCUCUGUUUAUUUUACUAUCAACGGAUCAGACCAUUUCGAACUUUCGUCAGUGGCUGUUUCCACGGUGUUUGUAACGGACACAUCACCACCAAAGGAGGGUAUCAUUCACUUUGACCAACAACAUGCAUAUUACAGCAGUGACACAAUUAACAUAAGACUUGUUGGUUUUUAUGACGAUCACAGCGGAAUUAGUUAUUACAAUGUCGGAAUCGGAUCAAGUGGCAUCAUGGUGGAUACAUUAUCUAUGGCGAAGUAUUACUCAGAUAUCUUGGACAUUGAUCUUCGGGAAUUAAAUAUUCUAGAUGGCCAUGAAUACUUUAUUUUGGUGCAGGCGAUAAACAAUGCAGAUAUCCCGAGUGCAAUCGUGUCAAAACAAUUUAUCGUAGACAGGUCACCACCCUAUGGAGGUCACGUUUUGGAUGGAAACUGGGAAAGCAAGGCUGACCUUGACUAUCAAGCCGACACAUACACGAUCCGUGCAAAUUGGAAAGAUUUCUCAGACAUUGAAAGCGACUUAGAAUAUUACAAAGUAGGGCUCGGAACAGACUCCUUCUCUACAGACGUUCGAUCAUUCAUGGAUGUUGGUUUGAAGCAAGAUAUAAUGUGGAAUGGUCCGUUUAUCACAGGAGAGAAAUAUUACACAACAAUACAGAGCUGUAAUAAAGCUGGCCUUUGUACACAAAAAUCCUCAGAUGGAAUUAUACUAGACAAUUCGCCACCAAUCAUGGGCCGUGUACAAGCUGGGUCUGGUGUUCGACACAGCCGAUAUUUACCAUUAAAUACUUCACUGAGACUACAAUGGGCUGGAUUUGAGGAUCCUCAGUCAGAUAUUAAUCAUUUUGAAGUGUGUUUAGGACGUCAGAAAAGCAUGUGCGAUAUUGUUCCUGCAUCCAAUGCCCUUCUUCAGUCUUAUAUGAUUAAGUCGAAUAUAUCUCUGCCAAUAAAUAUGCCUAUUUUUGCAACUGUUUGGGCCUUCAAUGGAGUCGGAAUGAACGUUUCAAGUGCAUCUGAUGCGAUUCUCGUGGACAUAACUGCACCUUACAACAGAAUCAAGCCUUCAAUAAUGCUUGAGUAUAACACAAUAACGAACAACUCCGCUCAAUGGGAAAAGUCAAUUAUAAGUGUGUUUUGGGAAUUUUUAGAUGACGAAAGCCCGAUACUCAAUCACGAAUUAUCUCUGUUUACCCAUCAUGAAGGAUACACUCCUUUUGAAAGAGUACAUAUUGGAUCAGAAAAACACUACACUAUUAACUUAGAUGGACGUAAUUGGCUGCACAAUGGCGACAUUUAUUUUAUUGUUAUUACUAGUUGUAACGCAGCAGGCCUAUGCUCAACAGAGAGAACAAAUGAUAUUCUUAUCGACUCUACUCCCCCACAUCAGGGUGGUCUAAAACCACAAAUGUUUUGGGAAAAUUAUAGAGAUACCAGUGGACUCCACUCCAAUGUUUCUAUUACUUGGUAUGGUUUCUACGAUCAAGAGUCUGGUAUAGAUAGAUAUUAUGUUACUGUUUCAAGAUAUUUCAGCAAGCAGGAACUGUCCGGUGGUGUCCUUAUCCAAAACCAUGAAAACUCUUCUGUUGAACAACAUGGUAAUUUCACACUUCAAGAAGCUUUAAAACCUGAUGAUCUUAUUAUAGUUUCUGUCUGGACUACAAACAGUGUAGGAUUAAACAGCUCGGUUGCACGUGUAUCCCUAUUUGCAUUGUCAAGUAUGCCGUCUUCCGUUAAUAUUGAAAAUCAGCGGGGAAUACUCGAACUAGAGAAGCACUCUUGUGACGUUCAUUUUUGCAACAAGGACUGCACAUGUGCUGUUGUUGGAAAACCAUGUAUUGAAGCUGAAACAAAUAUGUCCUGCGUCGAGAUUGAUGCAUUUAACUCGACUGAUAGCGACUUGACACGGUUUGCAGUUUUUGGAGGCCUUCACUCCAAGCCUUUGACUUUAACGGCAUCAUCAGCUUGUCUUGCCGGGCACUGGACCAAGAUCGAACACUCGAGAAAGGAUCCAGACAUUCAUAGAUUUGAGUGGAGUAUUGGAAUUCAUAAUCAGCCGCACGGAGAAGGGAUUUUCGAUUUACAAAAGGAGUUUCCCUGGGUUGAUAUAGGUUUACGACAAGAAUUUGUUCACUGCUUGCCCAUUAACAGAUCUCUUAUUCAUGACGAGCUCUACGACAUUUACGUUAAAACUUGGUAUGGACCAAGUAAAUUCGCCAUAUUUACGUCGGAAUCUAUUAAAAUUGAUCUAACUCCCCCAAAUGUGCGUAGAGGACGCUAUAUCAUCGAAGGAAUGGACGAUUGUUCAACAGACCUUGACUUCAUAUAUUGGACCGGUCAGAUUUCGGCUUGUUGGUCCGGGGUCUUUAGUGAGCAGCAAAGCGAUAUACUUCAUUACUUGGUUGCUUUAGGAGCUUCACCGAAUGUUGAUGACGUAUUUAAAUCAGAAAAUAUGGGAUUGAAAACAAAUAUUUCCAUCGGUAAUCUGACUUUGGAGCACGCCGUUAGAUACUAUUUUACUGUCACUGCCGUGAAUACUGCAGGACUUCACACUUCGGUUUCGUCGGACGGAUUCAUAAUCGAUACGACCCCACCAUCAGAUGGCGUUGUUUAUAAUACAAAUGCGUAUAAAAACGUUGCAUACCAAUCAUCCGUCACAUCUCUAGGACUUUCGUGGCAUGGGUUUCAGGACCAUUGUUCAGGAAUAAAAAGUUACUAUGUUGCUGUUGGGGAAAAACAUGAGCCUCCUUAUUCUAGUACGAAUUUUACACAAGUUUAUCUCAAGACGAGUGUUACGUUUAUGGAUUUAAAUUUAUUGCCUGGAAGCGUUUAUUACGGCGUGGUCAAGGCCAUUGAUGCCGCGGGACAUGAAAGUGAUGUCAUUGUUUCCCCAGGAGUUAUCAUCGAUUCUUCUCCACCCAAAGGCUACAACUGUGACCAAUUUGAAGACACGGGUGUUACUGAGUUGUUGGACGAUUCGAAGAAUAAUUGGACUAAAACAGUUGUUGCAAAAUUAGACAAAGAUGAAGUAUACAAAAUCGAAGGGUCCAUUAAAAAUACUUUUGUAGACUCAGUUAUUCUUCAAAUCAAUCGUUUCAUGACCAGAAUCCAAACUGCGCUGAAUCAUAAACAAAUUGCUGAUUUUUCAUAUACGUUUGUGUCAAUUGAAAAAGGGGCCCAGAAUAUUACCAUAAGUGUUGAAAAUAAUAUUAAUAAUUUCAAAAACAUCCUAGAAACAAUUCAUUUACAAAGAUGUGUGUCCUUUAUUGAAAACAAAACAAAAGCUCUUCAUGUUCAGCAAAUAAGACAUGAUUCUGUAGAUGUUACUGCUAUGAUUCAGGAUAAAGAAAGUGAUCUGAAAAUGGUACAUAUUGGUGCUGGUUCUACACCUGGAGGGUUUCAAAUUCAGCGAUUAACUGCCAUUCAUGCUAAUAUAAUGAGUGUGAUUAUUAAAGGCCACCUUUUGCAUGCAAUGAAAGUGUACACGACGGUUAUUGCUGAGAACCAUGCAGGACUGACAUCUGUUUUCAAGUCAAAAGAACCAAUCAUUAUUGACCACACUUCUCCAAUUAUCACUGAUCUGGAGGCUUUAGCAACGGUAGUCUAUGUCAAUGAGUCGGGUGAAAUCGAUUCAAGAGUUCAGAUUAAUGCAAUCUGGAAUGUGCUAGACGAUGAGAGCGAUAUUAAACAUUGUACUUGUUCUAUUGGAAUGCUUCCAAACAAUAACAAUGUACAAGACCAAUGGUAUGCAGAUACUUUGUCAUCGUGUGAGUCGAACCUCCUGCAACUAAACCACGGCGAUAAGGUGUGGGUCAAUAUCAAGUGUGUCAAUAAUGUUGAACUAGCAACGACGAAAACUGUAGCUUCAAAUACCGUAUCCAUGGAUUUCAUUUCUUCAAACCAAGUAACUGUUAAUAUUCUACCAGUUAACGAAGGUCUGUUCAGCACAAUACCGCUCACUGUAGGCCCGACUAAAAUACAAUCAGAUACAUCCUUGGUGCAAAUCAGUUGGUCAGGAUUCGAAGAUACAUCCGGUAUUGACUUUUACGAAUAUUGCAUAUCGGACGAAAAAAAUGCCACUAUUGUGGACUGGACAAAUGUUCUCUUGAAGACAGUAGCAACUGCUCGCGGACUUACAUUACACAAUACAGAAACAUUGAACGUAAGCGUCAGGGCCACAAACACUGGACAUCAUAGAAGUGAGGCCGUUCAUGCUUCCCUUUUCACUAUCAGUCAGCCUCCAGCUUUGUCAGGAAGCCCUAUGUUUGUAACUCGAAACGAGCAUCUUAUUCACAUCGACUGGGAACAGGCAUUCGAUACUCUUCCGGAAAUUCCAGUUGUGUACAGCCUCGUUGUGGGAUCCAGAGAAGGAUUCACCGACAUUCUGGAUAUCGACUAUUACACUGGACAUACAUAUGACAUUGUGGCUCCAUCGUCUACGCUUAUUUCCCCGAAGAUAACAGAGUUGUUCUUUACUAUAACAUGUACUUAUCCAACAGGGAUGUCGAGCGUGUACAGGACAAUAUUUACAUUGUAAUAAUUUACUUGCUAUUUGCAACGCUUGGUUUUUGCAAAGCUGGUGUUUGUGUUAUUAUAUUUCAUAAUGUUGCUUACAGUAUAUUUACAUAUAUGCCUUAAUAUUGUGUGAGGUCGUUACUCUUUUUCAUUGUCAGCUUAACCAUUGUAAUUCGAUGCAGGCGGAAAACCGUGGACUAAUUAUUUUAACAUAACGUCUAACUAUAUUACUUUAUAAAAAUACAUUGUAUUUGUAUACGUUUGCCGUGAUUUAUUUUCAAUCUUUGCAUGUUUUUUGGUAUUAACAUACUAAAUUGAGUCGCGGUUUUUGUUGCUUCCGUUUCUAUAGUUUAUUCGGUAUUUAAAGUCAUCGACACAAUACACUAUGUUAAUAAAAUAAAUUAAAACAUAAUACAUUUGAUCAAAAUCAUUAUGUCAUAUGCAUAAUUGCAUUAUUAUUAGGGAUGACAACGAGUAGUAAAAUUGGUACUCGAGUACUCGGACAAUCUUUCGAUCGAGUACUCGGGUACUCGAUUACUCGGAAAAAUGAUUUUGUUUUUUGGAAAGAUCGUGUUUACAUGUACCGUUCAUGGCGUAUAUUGUGCGUUGGUCGUAUAACUGGUCAUUGUCAUCGUUAAAUUAGACUUUCAUUAUUUACCUUAACAGAAAAUUAUAUAAAAGGAAAACAAAUGCUGUUUCAUGCUUUUAAUUUUGUCUUUUUCAUUUCACUUAAAUGAUUUUAUAUAUAAGUAUGCACUGCAAAUUAGCUACAAUAUAGCUUGAAAGUUUAACCCGGAUUUUAUUCGAGCGUCUAGAUA